AUGGCCACUAGGAAAGCCAAGGCUGCUAAACUCGAGGCUAUGGCUAUAAAACGAGAAGAGAACCCUUUCGACUUCUCGAUUCUGGAUGCAUCAUGGCAAUUGCCGAGGCGCAAUGACGGGACAUUUGAACAGAGUCCCGGAUUUUCCAAGAAGCUUCUGUCAAAAGCCGCAUUUUCAUAUUCGCUCGGGAUUCUCCCAGAAAGCCUGUUGGAGGAGACGUUGAGUGAGGAUAGCUUCAAGAGGUCCAUGGCAGGCAGAAGCCCGAAUGCUUCCGGAAUUUCGCCUGAGAGUUUAUUCCGGCUGAGAUCCAAAGUCGUGAGAGAUCUCCACGAUAUUAUGUCCGAGGGUAGUGGGCCUGAAAAUCGAUUGCCAUCGAGGGAAAUGGUGGUUGCCAAAGAGAGAGCAGUCAAUUCUCGAGGACCCGAGAACUCGUUGUUCAUAAGCUCAACCAAUGAUAGCCGAGGCCCCACUCUAUCCGGAAGCUGGCCUGAAAACAAGUUGCGCCCGAGCAUCAAUGUUGUUAAAUUUGAAGAUGUCCAUAAACCACUGGGGAUUCUUCCCGAAAGCAAAUUGUCGUGGACACGAACAAUCUCCAAGGUGCUGCAGUCGCCAAGGGACUCGGGCAAUGGACCCGUCAGCUCGUUUUCAAAGGCUAUCAACCCUAUCAACGCUUUGUUUGCACAUAAAUGCUCGGGCAAUUGGCCCGAAAAAGGUGAGUGCCGACCAAAAUCCGGCGGCAGUUCACCCGACAGAUUAUUGCUAAAUAGCCCGACAUCCACGAGCUCCGGCAACCGGCCAAUGCUCUCCGGUACCUCACCAGACAAUCGGUUGAAGAACAAAGCUAACCCAGUCAAGCUAGAAAAAUUCCCAAAACCGUCCGGGAUUGACCCGGUUAGCAAAAGCGGAGGGGAUAGGUUGAGGAGAGAGCUCCUGGAGUUGCGGAAGGUCUCCGAUUUCAGGCGGGAAGGAGCUAUUGAACAAGUUGCCGGCCAGGUGGAGGGUUACGAGAGCCUUGAGGUCCCCGAUGGCCCGAGGGAUGUCCCCCGUGAAGUUAUUGGCGUCGAGGUUGAGGUAGGUGAGGUGGGCGGGGAGGUGGGCUGGAAUUGGGCCCACGAGGUAGUUUUGGGAGAGGUCGAGGUGGUGGAGGUUGGAGCAGUUGUUGAGGGCGGUGGGGAAAGGUCCGGGGAUAUAGUUCCACUGGAGUUGAAGGUGGGUGAGGUUGGUGAGGUGGCAUAUGGAGGGUGGGAUGGUGUUGGUGAUGGUGGCGUUGAUGAUGGAAAGGCCGGUGACCCAACGGCCAGAGGGUUCGCACGUGACCUCGGGCCACGUGCAGUGAUCGGAAGAGGGGGUCCAGUGGGUGAGGGAAGGGGGGUCGCCCCAGUGGCUUUUGAGGCUGAGAAGGAUGCUCUGUUCUUGGGGGUGGUUGUUUUGUGUGUUUCCGAGGAAGGGUAG